AUGGUAAGAACUAGAAAGAAUAAGAAAAGAAAACUGCCGAGCCUUCCUGAUGAUCUUAUCUCCGUCAUCCUAUCGAAGUUAUCAGUCAAAUCGAUCUGUCGGUUCAAGUGCGUUUGCAAACUCUGGUAUGAAUUGUUCAAAAACACCAAGUUUAUUAAGAUGCACCUUCAUGAUGCUAUUGAAAACGACAAGUUCAGUGUCCUGCUUGAAUACGCGGGUGGAUAUCAUGAGAUCGUAGAUUUUUCAUCUUACCAUAUGGCUGUUGAAACUGAUCUUCCAAGAGAUACGUUAGUUGGUUCUGUUCUGCCUGUUGAUUCAUGCAAUGGCCUAAUCGUCUUAUCCAGCCGGAAACCUAAUGGGAUAUGCUUGUGGAAUCCAUCAACUCAAGAAUACAAGAAAAUACCGAUAUCAGCAUCAAACUAUGACGAACAUUAUGGGCUUUGUUUCGAUUGUAAAACUGAUGCUUACCUGUUGUUCAAAAUAGUGGUAAGGUUUAAACAGUAUGAUGAUUCUGAAAUUUAG